AAAUUGAUCAAACACAUCAUUUCUUCCUGGCACCAUGAAGCACCCUAGGACAUCUAAUUACAGACCAGAUAUCAUUACGAAUGUAUGAGCCAGCAAACGCGGCCCGCAAACACGAGCCGUACAGUGUACAAUGCUCCUGCACCAUCCAGAAUCAGUAGACACCCGCCUGCCCUUUUGUUUCGGCUCCCCGCUUAGGAUAACUGGAGAUUCAAGGGGUGAAGGGGCUCUACAUAUAAUGGGCUAAAGUCCCUAGCUCUUUCCUGCACUCGGCGGCAAAAAGUCGAAACGUGUGGGCCUGCAGACGUACCCGUUUCACCAUACAAGGCACUCCUUGGCGACUCGCUCAACGCACCAGCUCACAUAAUAUUGUUAGCCGAUAGCUUUUUAUGUCCAAUGCAUUAUUCGAUACUCAUUUAAAAUUCUAACAUCAGCUUAUAAAGAAAGCUCGCCAUUUCGAUGCGGUCCCCUGCUGAUGACGGUCGCCAGUAUAAAAUAAAUGACCGGCGUCUAAAGUAAAGAUAUCAGACUAUCUGCCCGUUUUAUUAAGCAGAUAUAUUACGCAAAUAAUUGAGUUUGGGAGCCGGUCCGCGCCUACGCUUCAAAAAUCGCGGGGGCGAUCGGAGGCUUCGGCGCGUGCUCAAACGCGCAAGCGCACCGUGCUAUACACACGCGUCAUUUAAAAUAUAAAAACCAAAAAAAAACAUACGAACGAGUGACCUUUCUUUAGAGUGACAGUUAAAAAGUGCGCGUGAUUUGAAGGUUCAAAUUUCGAAUUCGAAUAAACUAGUGCUGGAGUUGGCGAUAGUUAUCGAUGUUUGAGUUUAUGAAUGGAGUGUAGGAAGUGACGUCAUGAUUAGUGUUGUGACUGUGUGGAUGACAAUGAGCGAUCAUUAGAGCGGAAAGAAUGUGGUUAAUGGUGGGUGUGGCGCUACUGGUGGCGGGCGCGGGCGCGGAGUGGCGCUGCCCCGGACUGAGCGCGCGCCCUGCGGCCGAGUGUUCCUGCGAUCUGCCGCACACGCUGCGCUGCGCUGGCGACCACACUGCGCUGCAGAUAAUCGGCCGCCAUCUUCGAGAACAGCGCGCCAAGAACAAGAACACGACGGUCUCACUCCUCGACUGCGCCCUGCGUGGCGUAUCAGCGCUAACCGCGGUGUCUGUCACUGAGUUGGCUGGAGUCGGCCUGCACGGAUUGGUUAUAUCCUCGGGGGAUAUAAGGAGAGUGCAGUCGGGAGCCUUUAACAUGGUAGCUGGGACUUUACUAGCACUGGGUUUGCCCAAUAAUCAGCUGCCUUCAGUACCAACGGAGGCCAUAGCUCAUUUGUCAAUAUUGGAUCGUCUGGAUUUAUCUAACAAUAAGAUACAUGUUUUGGAUCGGACUUCGUUUAAGGGUAUACAGAAUCUGACAUACCUGGAUAUAAGCGACAACCAGCUGACCGACAUCGCGCCGGGCGCGUUCAAACCCUUGGAAAGGCUGGCGGUGCUGAAGCUUCGGGGGAAUCUGCUGAAAGUGGGGGCGCUGGCUUCGCUUAAGGAAGCCCACUUUUUACGAGACUUGGACUUAUCCAGUAACGCCUUGGAAGGCCCGUUGGGCCCCAACACCGUACCACCAUUGCCGUACCUGACCAACCUUCAGUUAUCCGACAACACUUUUGCGAGCAUACGGCGAGGAGCUUUAUCGGGACUUACCAAUCUGACCCACCUGAGCCUACACAAUAAUCAAAUCGAUGUUCUGGAAGACUACGCAUUUCGGCAUCUCCUCAACUUAACGCAUUUGGACCUGUCCCACAACGAGAUCGUGGCAGUGUCAGGGUCAUCAUUAGCCCAGCUAGUAUACCUGGUGCACCUGGACCUGUCCCACAACUUCCUGCGCUCCCUGUCCGCGGAGCCGCUGAGGGGUCUGCAGCGGCUGUCCGAGCUGAUGCUGCACGACAACGACAUCUCGAUCAUCGACGACGGCGCGCUGGCGCAGCACCCUCAGCUCACGAGGUUCACCAUCGAGGAUAACCCACUUAAUUGCGAUUGUCUAAUGGCGGGCUACGCUCGGUGGUUGCGGGAGGCAAAAAACCUCUCUCAAGCUGACAAGGCCGCUGCAGUCUGCACGACUCCUCCCCACUUAGAAGGAGCCCUUAUAUCCCGACUGUCGAAAAACAAACUGUGUGACGACUUUGAACAUGUCGAGAAGAUUGAGGUGGAUUAUAAGAUUGUCAAUACUGUUGAUGAAAAGGAUGAAUAUGAUGAUAAAGGGCUGGAUGAUGAUAUGUAUGAUGAUGAGAUGGGUGUGCCGGCGGAGGAGGAUUUGCCUAUUUCUAAAGCUAAGGUCUCUCUCCUCGACGCCUGGUUCGAUGAUGCAGAGGUCUACCUGUCCUGGUCAGUGGACCCGCCAUCGACACACCGGCUUAGAUGUACCGGUGUCACAGUGGCGCGAGGAGGCGGUCUGCCGAAACAAGUCGCUUGUCACAGAGCCGCGCCUGCUAAUGUGGUGCUGAGGGGGCUCAAGAUAGACCCGGUGGAUCAAUAUACAUUCUGCAUAGCUCUGGAAGAGAUGGACAGCAACGACAUCCCUCUCUCUCUCGUCCUUGGAUGCGGAGCCCCUCAGGUGGUGCGGCAGCGGGCCCCCUUUGUUACUCCCGUGCCCGUCCCCGUCACGCUUCCUGUCAGCAGAGAUAACUUGAGGGUAACUGAAGUUCGCUCCAACGUGACCAGCGACGGCCUUUUAACUGUCGUCAUAUCAAUGAUGGGCCUGCCAACUCCUCGCCCGUUCAUUCUUCCACGGUCACAAAGACUUUCAUCAACCACAAGACUACACAACUGCUACAUAGUUUUAGCUGUACUAUCCAGAGGUUCCUUAGUAGCUCAGAAGGACACGCCGUGUCAAUCGACUUUAGAAAUUUCUAUGGAAGGUUUCUUAAAAGGGCCUUAUGAGGUGUGUGCGACUUUAUCGAAAUACAAAGCGGAUGAUAGCAGAGCCAUCUGUAUAGUGCCUCAGGUAUUGGAGUCAGGGUCUUUAGAGAUGAAGGCUAGUUUUAAAAGUUUGAACGUGGCGUUGGUUGGAGUAGCUCUAGGUUUGAUGGUGAUUGUAGUGGGUUUAGUAUGGUUUGUUAGGAAGAUGUUGAAGAAACCAACUCAAUUUGAGCCUCACAGAUGUUUUAGGCCGGAGCCUGUGCCGGAGGAAAGUCCAAGAUCUAAUUAUGUGAUGCUGACUGCUACUUCCAAGGUUUAAUGGCUU